CUAUUACUUUAAUUUACGAUGCAAUGUAUAUAUGGAGGUAGAAUUGAAAAUAGGUGAAAGUGACAAGGGCAACCAUAUCAUACUAUGUUACGAUAAUAAGAUACAAGGAAACUGCAUAAUACAAGUAUUAUUGGUUGGAGUUAUCAUUUCAACCUACGACUCGUCUAUAUUUUAUUAUAAGUCAGUGUGUUUAAUGUUCAAUAUUAAUAAUUAAAUAAUAUUUUUGAAUAAAUGUUAGUUUAUUAGUGAAUACGUCGAAAUGUCGAUAGACUUCAACCAAUUUUUUUUUUUUAAUAAUUUAUGUCGGUCAAUGUCUUAAGUCAAUCCCGUGGUUUACAAUAAAAUAGUCUCCGAUUGUUGUCACUACAUGGUUAGUAAAUGAAGUAGAAUACCCAAAGAAUUUAUUUUGUAUUAAUGGCCUGACAUAUAUCGGUAAUCGAAAUGGGACAAAAAAUAAGUACGUUAAGCAAUGUUAUUCACUGGAAAAAUCCAGAAUCGUCAAAAAAUAACAUGGAUAACAUGGUCGAGCCAACUUUAAGUUCAGUUUCUAUAAGUCAUAGUAGUAUUCAAGAAAAUCCUUCUACUUCCUCAGAUCAUUAUUUUGAAAAUAUUUAUUUUUGUAAUAAUGAUGGUCAUGAAAUCGUACCUACAGAAACAAUUCAAGAAAUUAAAUCUGGAGAUUUAUCUGUAACUAGUGAUAUAGAAACUAUUUCAAAAAGUUCUAUAAUAUCAAAAAGUAAUGGGAGUUCUAAAAAAUUUAAUCAUUGGGUACUCCGUUUAAAUUGUUCACGACUAAAGUCACGGAAUUCAAAAUGUUGUACUACUACUGAAAGCAUACCUGAACCAAAUAUUAAAUGUGAUACAUGUGUAUGUACACGAUAUCGUCGGACUGAAGAUCAUCAUUUAGGAGCUGGUCUAGUUUUUGAUGCAGCAUCACCAAUUAAUAGUAAUCAUUUUGAAGAUGAUUUUAGAAAUGAAUCUGAAUCAUUAGAAAAUUUUUCUAAAAAUCAAGAGGUAAUAUUGCCUUCUUUUGAAGAUGCUGUUAUUGAUAUACAUCAUAAUAGUAGUGAAGAUUUCAUUAGUGAUGAUUUUGAAGAUAGAGCUUAUAAAGAAAGAGCAAAAGAAAUUCAAGAAGGAAUUGAACCACCACCAGGAUUUAGGCCAGGGUUACAUAUACAGUUGUUACAAUUUAGUUUACCUAAAAUGACAUUAGACAAUUUGACCUCUCUAUUUCAAAGAGCUGCAAUGUCAGCUUUGACAGCUCCUCAAGAUUUUAAUAAUAGCAAUAGAAUUCAUACUUCAAUUGAUUAUAUACAUUAUUUAGUUCCUGAUUUACAUCAAAUUACUUCUUGUUCAUUUUAUUGGGGAAAAAUGGAUAGAUAUGAAGCUGAAAAACUUCUAGAGCAUAAACCUGAAGGAACAUUCUUACUUAGAGAUUCAGCCCAAGAAGAAUAUUUAUUUUCUGUUAGUUUUCGAAAGUAUGGACGUUCAUUACAUGCACGCAUUGAACAAUGGAAUCAUCUAUUUAGUUUUGAUUCAAGAGAUCCUGGUGUAUUUGCUUCAUCAACAGUAUGUGGUUUGAUAGAACAUUAUAAAGACCCAAGUUGCUUUAUGUUUUUUGAACCCAUGUUAACCAUACCAUUACAUAGGAAUUUUACUUUCUCUUUACAGCAUACUUGCCGAGCUAUAAUAUGUAGUCAAAUUACUUAUGAUGAUGUUAAUCAAUUAAAACUGCCUAAAAUGUUAAAAUCGUACUUAAAAGAAUAUCAUUAUAAACAGCGUGUUAGAGUUCGUAUUUUUGAUUCUGAAAUGUAAAAUGAUAAACUAUUUAUUAAAAACUUUCUUAACUUUAUUUCUAAAUCAAAAAAAAAAAUUAUUUGUUGUCUUUUUCUUCAAAUUAACAAUUUCUUGAUAUUUCAUUCUAUAUAAAACUUGAAAAAAUAUUAUGAAACAAUUUCAUAAUUUGAUUUAAGUUACAUUUAAUAAAUUUUCUUUAAAGAAUUUAUGUGUGUUUAUCUUUGUUUAUAUUACAAAAAAAGUAUUGUUUUUCAGUAAAGUGCAUUCAAAUUUAAUUUA